AUGCAAACAAUAAGCGGAGUGAAGGCUAUCCAAGCAAUUCGAACGUGUGAUUUGGAUAUGUAUUUCAGCCUCAUGAUAGGUGAAUUGGAUGGAGACCUUGAUAGUGAUUUUCUCAACGGAAAAACAGGAGAGAACAAUGCAGCUAUUGAUUUUUCUCUGUCAGCAAAUCAGAACAUGUACGGCAACAAGAUUGAAGAUUUCAUUUGCACUCCACUCACACCUUCGUCAUUGUAUAAACCAAAAUUGGAGGACAUGUACGUGGAAUGUGGACUCUAUGUAAAUAAUAGCUUGAUUUGCCCUAAAAUGAAAACGUCCUAUAAACACCAGAGCAAGAACAUCAAAGGCUGGAAAGAGUGGAUCGUAUUUCCUGUAAAAUAUUCCGAAUUGCCUUUAAACACAGUGGUUUGUGUGACAAUAAUAGAUACAUUCUUACCACGAAAACCCAUGACCGUGGCAAGCUCUACAUAUUCCAUAUUUGAUACAUCUACCAAAUUGUUACGAAGAGGAAAACACAAGUGUGUAUUGUCACCUUUGGUGGAACCUAACACAUCUACACCCUCACUUAAUACGAUUUAUAAUACUACCGAUUUACUCACCAGAAUUGAAAUGAAUUUAUAUGGAGAUCAUUGGAGCGAUGAAAAAUCAAGAUGGCUAAUUAAUGCAUCAUUAAAAGCAGUAAAUAAUAUGAGACGAGAAGGUCUACUAUCAAGAAAAGGAAUUGCGUUUUUAGAUUUAGAAUUUGUUGAUUUUCCUGAGCCUGUAAUAUUCUAUGAAGGAGAACCUCAAACUGGAAUUCAUCGAGAGAUACCCCUUUCGACGCUAAACAGCUUCAAACAGCAAAACAAGCUCAUUAAUACAGGAGAGCCGCUAAUCAAAUAUUUUGACACCAAAGGAGUACAAUUUCUCGUAGAUCCUGAGGUUCAAAGAGGCAAAGAGAACCCAUCUGUCACAAAGCAUAUCAAAUUGACCAUGAAAGUCAGUGACAACCACUUACAUUACCCAGAUGUUGACGAUAAGAGAAAAUUGGAAAAUAUUGUAAAAAAAACACCUCUCCAAGAAAUCACCUCCGAAGACACUCUCUUAUUGUGGAAAUACAGAAAGUUUCUUCAGGGCGAAAAACGUAUAGGAGAAAAAGCUUUAACCAAGUUUUUGAGAGUGGUAGAUUGGAGAAAGGAAGAAGAGGCCCGAGAAGCAAUAUCUUUACUGGAUGGUUGGACAAAAAUUGACACAACAGAUGCUCUCUUUUUGUUAAGCAAACAUUUCAAAGGAGUAGAUGCAGUACGAAACUAUGCCAUUUCUGUACUGAAAGACGUAACCGAUAAGGAGCUACUCUCUGUGCUACUUCAACUUGUACAGGCUCUUAGGUAUGAGCACGAUAUGAGAACUUGUAAAUUAGCAGAUCUCUUGAUCGAGAGGUCACAAAAAUCAUUCAUUGUAGCAAACGAUCUAUUUUGGUUUUUAACCAUAGCAGCAGAAGAUAAGAUUAUGGGCGAAUUUUAUUCCUCCCUUUUAAGACGAUUUAAGGAACAUUGUAAAACGAAAUGCCCUCAAUUUGUCGAUCAAUUUCUACGUCAACAAAAAUUGGUCCGUAACUUGAGUAAUAUUUGCCAAACCAUGAAAGAAGGAUCUCGAGAUCAAACUAAGCUUUUAAUGUUGAAAGCCAAGUUUGAAUCGAUAAAGAAUGGAGAAGGAGGAAUGGAAUGGAAUGGCGUUUUUGAUGAUUCUUCUGCAUUACGAUUGCCACUAGAUCCUGUAGUUGCUGUUAAAACGGUUGAUCCAAGCAGUGUGACUAUAUUCUCGAGUAAUGCAAGGCCAAUGCGAUUAAGCUUUAUCACAAAGGACGAUAAAAAGUAUACUACGAUAUUUAAAAUCGGUGACGAUUUAAGACAGGAUCAACUUGUCAUUCAAUUAAUACACAAGAUGGAUAUGAUUCUAAAAGACCACGGAAUGGAUUUGAAGUUAACUCCUUAUCGAGUACUUGCCUGUGGCUCAGUUGAAGGAUUUUUAGAAUGUGUAACACCAAGCAUGCCCUUUGAAAAAAUUAUUAAGACAAACACAAUAGAAGGAUGGCUACGUGAAGAGAAUAAGCACAAGUCUCCUCAAGAGCUCAAUGAAGUGUUUGACAACUUUAUGAAGAGUUGUGCUGGAUAUUGUGUCAUUACAUACAUUUUAGGAGUUGGCGAUAGGCACUUGGACAAUAUUUUACUCACACCAGAUGGAAGGUUAUUCCACAUUGACUUUGGUUGGAUUCUUGGACACGAUCCAAAACCAUAUCCUCCACCAAUGAAAUUAAGUGCUGACAUGAUCUUGGGUAUGGGAGGUGCCCACAGCGAUCGUUACAAAAACUUUAUCAAACUAUGUUGCAAUGCAUUUAACAUUUUACGAGCUCAUUCGAGAAUUAUUCUCAACUUAUUGAUUCUAAUGGUGGAUGCAAACAUUCCUCAUAUUGACUAUGGUAUUGCCUCCAAUAGAACCACAGGAGAUCAAAUGACUAACAUUUUAACCGUUCAACAACGAUUGUGUCUUGAUGUGAGUGAAGAAGAAGCCCUACAAUUUAUGAAAGGCAUUAUUUCAGAGAGUGAAAAGGCAUUCUUUGGAAAGGUGCAUGAUCAUUUACACAGAUGGGCUCAAUAUUGGAGAAAUUAA